AUGGAAGACAGAAAAGGAAACAUUUUGAUGCAACGAUAUGAGCUAGGCAAAUUGCUUGGACAUGGCAAUUUUGCGAAGGUCUAUCAUGCACGAAACCUCAAAACUAACCAAAGUGUGGCUGUUAAGGUGAUUGAUAAAGAUAAAAUUGUGGAGGCGGGGUUGAUGGACCAAAUCGAGCGUGAAAUUUCCGUCAUGAGGCUUGUAAAACACCCGAAUGUUGUUGAACUUUACGAGGUAAUGGCAAGCAAGACGAAGAUCUACUUUGCAGUGGAGUACGUUAAAGGAGGUGAGCUUUUCAAUAAGGUCGCGCAAGGGAGGCUAAAAGAGGAUGCUGCUAGAAAAUAUUUUCAACAGUUAAUAGCUGCGGUUGAUUUCUGCCAUAGCCGAGGUGUCUGCCACCGUGAUCUAAAGCCUGAGAACCUCCUCAUUGAUGAAUUUGGAAACCUUAAAGUUUCAGAUUUUGGAUUAAGCGCAGUGUCUGAGUCCAGGAAGCAAGAUGGCCUUCUACACACAAUUUGUGGAACACCGGCUUACGUUGCACCUGAGGUGAUCAAUACCAAAGGGUACGAUGGCCAAAAAGCUGACAUUUGGUCUUGUGGGGUGAUCUUGUUUGUUUUGCUUACAGCCUCUCUCCCAUUUUAUGAAGAGAAUUUGAUGAAAAUGUAUCAAAAGAUUAACAAAGGUGAGUUCAAGUGCCCAAUAUGGUUCCCUUUAGAGGUCAAAAACAUGCUGUCAGAAAUUCUUGAUCCAAAUCCAAACACAAGAAUGACACUAACUAAAAUCAUGGAAAAUUUGUGGUUCCAAAAGGGUUUGAAUAAAACCGAAAUCCCAAAACCAAUAGCCAUCAGGUUAAAACAACAACAAAGAAUUGAUCUUGAUAAUAACGAAAAUGUCAUUCAAGAAACCGAAACUCCCAUUGAUCUUGAAAAACUCGAAAAGGCAGCAACUGCAAAGCUUCCUACUACCUUGAAGAGGACAAGUUCGAUGAACGCAUUUGAUAUCAUAUCACUAUCUGAUGGACUAAAUCUUUCUGGUUUCUUCGAGAACAGCGUUCCAUGUGAGAAACUAGAAUCACGUUUCAUGACCAGAAAACCAGCAGCAAUGAUCAUAUCAAAGUUGGAAGAAGUAGCAGAGACUGAGGAGUUUAAGGUUAUGAAAAAUUUAGAUGGGACAAUGAGGAUACAAGGGAUCAAAGAAGGGAGAAAAGGGAACUUGGCCAUAGAUGCAGAGAUAUUUGAGGUGGCACCAUCCUUGCACAUGGUGGAGAUGAAGACGCUAUCUGGUGACACCGUAGAUUAUCAGAAAUUUUGUGACCAAGAUUUGAAGCAUUCAUUGGAUGAUAUCGUUUGGAUAUGA